AUGCAGGCUUUAAGGAACCUGUUCCGCGGGCCUUGGGUCAGCGAAGCCAGGCUGGAGGGCAAGACGGUGCUCAUCACCGGAGCCAACACCGGCAUCGGCAAGGAGGCGGCGGCCGAUCUGGCCACCAGAGGCGCGCGCGUAAUCAUGGCGUGCAGAGACCUUUCGAAGGCGGAGGCUGCAGUCAAGGAGGUGAAGGAGCGUUCCCUCAACGACAACGUGGUCUGCAUGAAACUUGACCUGGCUGACACCAAAUCCAUUCGCGAGUUCGCGCAGGCCGUCAACGAAGGCGAACCCAACGUCAACAUCCUGAUUAACAACGCGGGCGUAAUGGUGUGCCCGUACGCAAAAACGGUCGACGGUUUCGAGAUGCAAAUUGGCGUCAAUCACUUCGGUCACUUCCUGUUGACCUUCCUGCUGCUGGAUCUCCUGAAGCGCUCUCAGCCGUCGCGCGUGGUGACUGUGUCGUCCAUGGCCCACCUUUUGGGUUCCAUCAAGUUGGACGACAUCAACAGCGAGCGCUCCUACAACAAGCAGCGAGCCUACUCGCAGAGCAAGCUAGCGAACGUGCUAUUCACGCGUUCGCUUGCCAAAAGACUACAGGGCACGGGCGUGACGACGUACUGUCUGCACCCGGGCGUGGUCCAGACCGACCUGUGGCGCCACCUGGACGGCCCCCAGCGCUUCUUCGUGAAUUUGGCGUCGCCGUUCACCAAGACGACGGAGCAGGGCGCGCGCACCACCAUCUACUGUGCCGUGGAGCCCGCCUUGGAAAACCAAAGCGGCGGAUACUACAGCGACUGCGCGGCCGCCAACUGCUCGGCGGCAGGAAAGAACGACGAACUGGCGGAGAAGUUGUGGGAGCUCAGCUGUAAAAGUCUCAACAUCACGUGGGACUGA